AUGAGGCCCUUCGUUCUCUCGACUGUCGCGGGGCUCCUGUGCACGGUAACUUCUCUGUCCACCGUGCAGGGAACAGCAUCUCUCUUGGAACUUGAUGCGCCCUACCUGUCCAACAACAGUCUCUACUUUCCACAAAAUGCAGGGGCCUGGCAGAACCCCAACAGUACAGCUCCGGCAAGGAUCUCGGAGCAUGAGAACCCAUUUCCAAUGGCAGAGUGCUACGGCGUAGCUUUGGAGGAGGCGACCAUUGAUCAAAUGCAGGGAUGGAUGGCGGGUGGUAAAUUGACCUCUAGACAGCUAGUCCAAUGCUAUCUCGGUCGCAUUCUGCAGUUGAAUGAAUAUGUCAAUGCAAUCCAAGAAAUCAACCCCGAUGUGUUCAUGAUCGCAGACCAACUCGAUGCUGAACGUGCCAAUGGUACUGUCCGUGGACCUCUGCAUGGUAUUCCGGUCGUCGUCAAGGACAACAUGGCGACCAAGGACAAAAUGGAAACCACUGCUGGGUCGUACGCCCUCCUGGGAUCCAUUGUGCCUCGUGAUGCACACAUUGUCAAGCUGCUCCGCGAGAAAGGUGCCGUGUUGCUAGGCAAAGCCACGCUGGACGAGUGGGCCAGCAUGCGAACCAAUUCAAAGUCUUCGGGAUACUCAGCACGAGGAGGCCAGUCUCGCAACGCUUACAACCUGUCCACCGCACCCGGCGGCUCUUCGUCUGGUUCAUGCCAGGCGGUGGCCUCCAACAUGAUACCCAUCAGCUUUGGCACCGAGACCGACGGUUCAGUGAUUGGUCCAGCCCGUCGCGCAUCUCUGGUCGGCUUCAAGCCCACAGUUGGCCUGACGUCUAGGGCCGGCGUGAUUCCCGAGUCCGUCCACCAAGACACUGUGGGCAGCUUCGGCCGGACGUUCAAAGAUGCCAUCUAUGCCCUCGAAGGUAUCGUCGGCGUCGACCCUCGCGACAACUACACUUCAGCCCAACAGGGACCCAAGGACGGCAACUACACACAAUUUCUCGCGACCAAGGAUGCCCUCAAGGGGGCCAAGUUCGGUCUCCCCUGGCUGUCUUUGUGGAACCAGACAGGGAACAAGGCGGACGUGCCCCAGCUCCUGAAAGUGGUCGACCAACUGAAGGCUGCGGGUGCCACGAUCAUCAACGGAACCGAGUUCCCUCAUUACAAGGACGUCAUCAGUCCGCGGGGGUGGGACUGGACUGUCGGACCCUCGCCGCUGCUCACCGCCGGGUACCGCGUCAACGUAGACUUCUACAACAACAUCCGCGACUACCUGUCUGAACUUAACAACACGAACCUCCGCGGCGUCGAGGACCUCAUCGCUUACAACAUCGAAUACACCGGCAUCGAGGGCGGCAUUCCCGGCACCGUGGCCGGGUUCAGGUCUGGCCAGGACGGAUUCAUGGAGAGUCUCGAGACCAAGGGGGAGAUGAACAGCUCGUACUACGAGUGCCUGGCGUACCUGGACAGAGUGUCGAGGACGGAAGGCAUCGACGCUGCCCUGUCCUACACGUAUCCCAACGGCACCGAGAUCAAGCUUGACGCACUCCUUGUUCCGUCGGGGUCCGGGUCGACCAAUCUACCUGCUACAGCUGGGUAUCCAAUGGUGACAAUGCCAAUCGGGGUCAACGCGCACAGUGUCCCCGUCGGCAUCGCACUGAUUGGAACGGCGUGGAGCGAGGCCACUCUGAUCCGGUACGGUAGUGCCAUCGACGACUUGGUCCAGGGCCGAAAGAAGCCACAGUUCAUAGAGUGGUGGAGCAAGUUGGUUCCCGUAGAUUACUCGGUGUAG